AUCGCAAUCAUUCUCAGAUCAUUUGAUGAGAUUAUCUCUAUGGUUUGGGGCAGCUUGAAUGAGAUAGUGCACAUUGUUGUAGCCUAUGAGCGACUGUGAAGACACCGGAGAGGAUGACCGAAGGGUCUUGCGAUCAGCUAGAGGCCCGAUCACUCACGUAUCCCUAGGACCGGGGGGUGAUAGGGAACUGUUCCGUCGGCAGAGGGAGAGACAGCAGCAGAGGAGAGCUAGAGCAGCUGAGGCCAGCAGGGCAUUAGCUAGCGAGGCCGGUGCUACAUCAGCCAUGACUACCAUAGCCAUGAGCACUUCUGCGCAGCAGACUUCUCCAGCCGGUAGUUCAGGUACCACCUGGUCUACGGUCGCGCAGACCGUGGGUCAGUCCGCUGGCUUAAUGGCAAGCCAGGCAGCGGUGUUGACCCCGGAGGAUGUCGCCAUCCAGCAGGCAGCUCUGCAGGAGGCACAACUACAUCGGGCAUUAGGACAGAUAAAAAGGAAAAAAGAGAUGAUGAUUAGAAGAAGAACCAGGAUGCAACAAAGAGGGGCAGACAUAGGGGAAUUAGAGAUGAUGGACCUGACACAUAUGGAUGAUGAUGUGAAGGUAGUUAGGAGGGCCCUGCUAGGCGUAAUUGAGAUGCAGGAGCACCAAACUACCAUCCUUCAAGACAUUCAACAAAGCCUAGCCGUGUUGGUUGGCCGUGCUCAGGCAGCACCAUCACCAGCCGGGCCUGGUGCUUGGCCCGUGCCAUAUCCUCUUUUUUUCGUCCCACAGGUGACUGGGGUAUCCCCAUAUGUAGCCCCGUCAAUGGUUGCUAUCGUUUCCCUGGGCAUGCCGCUGUCAGGAGGGGUAACAACAGGCAGUAGUUUACAGGUUCCUGUACAGACAGUGUUCACUCCAAGUCCGUCACUGGUUGCAGUCACCACACAGCCUGCUGUCUCACAACCUGUGCAGCCGCAGGGCACACAGCCCCAGCAGCUAGCACAACAACCUGUAUCACCGGGUCCACAGCCCGGGUUGGUGCAGGGACCGGGACAAAAUCAGUGGGUUCCAAAGACGGCCAUCGUCGCUCCUAAACCUUUUACAGGGGACAAGAGAGGCGAAGACCUCGACACUUGGUUGAAGGCAGUGCCGGUCUACGUCAGGUGUAAACUCACCUUGCCACACGAAGAAGUGUUUGUGGCUGCUUCCUACCUAGAGGGUAGUGCAGCAAGAUGGUUGAGUGGGUUAGUGCAACUCCAGGGAUACGGUCAUGAUUUCCGCUUUUGGGCAGCCUCUCAGAAAAUGGAGGACUUCCUGAAGAUGGUGGAAGAGAGGUGGCAUGAUCCUCAGGAGGCUCAAAAGGCCACUGAUGCGAUCCUCACACUGCACACGAGGCAGUUUAAGUCAGUAAGGGAGGUCACCGACGCUGUAGAGCGUUUGAUCUGUGUUCCAGGGGUACGCUAUGACCCGCAGGUCCUGUUGACUUCGUACCUGAGGACUUUAUCUCAGCCUCUCAGAAACCAGUUGGCAAAAGAGGCCAACAUCAAUAUGCACAACUUUCCUUCGUUCAGCAAGGUAGCCCUAGACCUUGAAGCAAAGAUAGGGUAUGGACAGUCACUCACAACGGACAGGAGGAAAAAGACACUGCCUCCCAACUGGAAGGCGAAGGGACGCAUCAUGUUCGUCGACAACCAUGGUUCAACCAUUGAGUUGGACGGCAACAUCCAGGAGGGAGUAGGUGCAGAGGCGGGUGACGAAACUUCAGAGGGUGGAGUACUCGCCGCCGUAACCCAGCAAAAAGGUAAAGGGACCGGUAGACGCCCUAGGGGAUCCAGGUCGAAGAGUCAAAUAGACCCCAAUGCUCCUCCAUGGGAGAAAGCGGGUCUAUCUGAGGACGUGUGGAGAGAUCGGUGGGCACGGCAAGCGUGCAUCAAGUGUGGCCAAUAUGGUCAUAGCAUGUAUAAGUGUCGCGACAGGAAGGUCACCGAGAAGAUCCCACCUAUUAUGGGGUCGAUAGUAGGAUCCUCUAAUCCCGCUGGAAGUAACAUUGCUAGCAGUUCUGGCACGGCUCCGCGAAACACGUCGGGCCAGUAGGAAUAGUAGUUGUUCCUACUAGGGUCGCAAUGGUGGAUACACCCUCACCUCUGCGAGAGAUGGCCCAAGCUACAGACUCUUCAGUCGUUCCGCAAACACAUUCAGACUCAUCGACCCUCUGUUCGAUGAAUGUGUUUGAAUCCGUAGAGGAGCUAGAGGAUGAGUGGUCUAGAUCAGACCCACUAGCUUCUUGGACGGCGUUAGUCAGAGCCCCUAGGAGUGAAAUAUUUGUCAGCGAGGUAGUCAUAGGAGGCCGCAAGGCCGGGGCCUAUUACGACACUUACUCGACUAGGAACUUUAUUAGUCGCGCGUGCGUUAAGAGGCUGCGCUUACAGGGGCAAGUGCAGCGCCUAAGUCGACCUGUGGAGUCGAUCUGCGCCAACAAACAGCGCAUGGUAGU